AUGCCGAAAAGGGUCCUUGGGUACGACCAUUGUGGGCUCCCCCACCGGAACUACAGUUUUUCCCGACAGCCCGCCAUUGAGCAUCGAAUCUUUGUGAAGCUUCACGACCCGCGAAUAAGCAGCAGCAGCAGCAGCAGCUCUCAGCCCCCCCCUUCAGGCGGCGACAGCUCCCUAACCCCCCGGGCGUCACAACUGCAAUGGCUCGUCGGUAACCCUCACUUCUAUCCCGCCGACUCCGCCGUCCGCCUCACUGCCAUGUCAGUGCGGUCAGCGGCGCAAUGCCCGCCUCGGGGAAUCGUGUCGCCCUCCUCCGCCGUCUGGAUCACGGACGCGGUGCUUCGCCAUGCCAUUGACCGCUAUCACCGCCAGUUCCCUGCCGCCGCGCCAUGCCGACGAAUAAGCUCCCACUCAGGGCCUCUCGAGAGCCGCCGCCGCCAGCUGGGCAAGCGCAACAUGACGGGCAUCAUGCCCUCGUCGGCCACGUAUCCCCCGCUGUGGCACUUUGACGUUGCCUGGAUUCCCAGCGAGUGCAAGUGGGAGCCGCCAUCUACAGCGGAGGAACGAAGGAAGAAGAAACAAUCACUCAGCCCCUCGGCGCUCUUCGAGAGCCUCAUCUCCUGGCUCGAAAAGUCUGAUGCAGACAAGCCCUUUAUCCAGCCCCCGCCGGCGGAUGACAUCGUUUGCAGCGCAUCAACCGGAGAAGCAACUGUAGCGGCUCCUGCAGAAGCCGCCGUACCCGAAUACGUGUACCAUGAUCCCCCUAUACCGGCAAAAGUACCCCGCGUGCUGUCAGCGCUGCGACGCAAUAUCUCUUUGCUUGAUACCGUGGACGAAAAGGCGUUGGAACGCCUGUUGAGGCCCUUUCAGCGCCGCUUCUUCCGCAGAAUGGAAACUGCAGACCUCACUGUGGAAGCAUUGCGCGUUUUGAUGGAGCCCCUCGACCAGGCCGCACGAGACAGGAUAUCAGAUCCGGAGAUGGCAGACUUGCUCAUCGCUCGAGUUCGCCGCUCUCUCUUGACCGGUCUUGAGAUUGCCCAAAACAAAGUUCCCGACAGCGUCAUUUUGCCGGAUCUAUGGACUACAUUUGUCUCUAUAGUUUGCUCAUCGGGGAGCGGCUAUCAGAACAUCAGGCUGUUCAGAAAAGCACUGGAGCUCAUGCCGGCAGACAUCCGUGCUCGGAUCCCCAUGGAUGAUAUAAAGACCUUGGCACGAUCCUCUCUUGUCGCCCAAGCAAGCAAAUGCAAUCUUUUGCCGGACUGGAUCCGCGUGGCAUCUCAAUCCGGAGAGGCGCUCUCAAAUUUGAGCCCAUUGCAAUUGCAGGAUCUGGAUCUUGAAAUCAAUGCUCUCAUCUUAAAGCGAGAACGAGAUUCGGAGGAGAACCGAAGGCUACGAUUUGCGUGGCUGAUGGCCAAGGCAUACAACUCCGCAGCAACAAACGAAGAAAUCGUCCAAUCUUACCGAGAGCUCAUUGCGUCUCAUGGAAUCGACCUCGCAUCCGCCCAACUGUGGCAGGUUAUAGCCGCCCGACUGAAAUCAGCAGAGGCCAUCACUACUGUUGCUCACUAUGAGCUUACGCGUUACAGAUACACGUCCUUAUCAGGGCGAUGGGCAGCUUUAUUCUCAGCAAUUCAUAGUCUCCCCAGCGCAAACAACAUCUUGACAGAGCUUUACGGCUUCUUCAAGGACAUCGACCGGACAGACAUCCUCAUCGACGCUGUACAUUCACUUCCAGUGUCUCGAAUGUCCAUCGACACGGCUCGAACCAUCGCCACGGCAUGCGACGACCACAGACUGGCCCUGCAGCUCUACGAAACCAUCCGCGCCCGCCUUGGCCAAGGCUCACGAGUUGCAUCAUGGGGCUGGGAGGCCUGGGUCCCCUACCUAGAGCGCAUCAUCAAAGACCCCGAAAUCACACGGCCUGUGCACUGGGAGCUGCUCGAUCUCCCCCGCCUCACCACCCCGCCCGACGCAGACCCCGAGGAGAUUGCCCGCGAGAUCCAGGCCAAGAUGGCGCUCGUCGACAGCAUCGGCCAAUGGUACAUGGAAGCGCCGCACCUCAACGAGCGGCAGCUGCUCCGGCGCCUGCAUCGCUGCGUGAGCGUCCAGCGGGCGCUGGCAAGGGCCGUCUCGCCGCAGGUGCUGGCGCGCGUGGCCGAGGUGGUGACGCGGGACCUGCAAGGGGGGGAUUGGGGCCGCACGACGCGGCUGCGGUGGCUGCUGAGCAUCAUCGCGCAGACGCACGGCGAGAAGCAGGCCGGCGACGUCUCGAAGACGCUGGAGGGGUGGAGGCGGAUGCUUGAUCGGAAGGCGUGUUGA